ACGUGCAUUUUGUGAAUUAAACACAGGAGUACUCUGCGUUGGAGGAACAAGUGAACGAGGCCGAGGACAAGUAAUUUCCUGCUGAUAGGGUCUAGGGUAGCCCUUUCCCUGGCCACAGAGGGUAGAGCUGGUAUCCUGAUCCGUGUAUUUCUGGAGACCCCGAGAGAUUUCCAGCCCCACAUCUUGUAAGACGCUGCCGACUUCUGCCCAUCGGAGCCCCAGACUCCAGGUCUCUGUGACUGUGGGUGAGAGGGGUGGUGUGAUCCGAAUGUACCUCCUAACUCCUACUUCCCUUGUCUUUCUGGGUUUAUCCUCACCACUGCCACCGGCCCCUACCGCUCCCCUCCACCUGGUUCAAGCAGCACCCCGUACAACCAUAUUGUCUCCUCCCUCCACCUCUCCGGGUUGCCUUCAAGUCCCCACCUCCAACCUCCUCAGGCAGCAUGCCCGGACCCUGUGGUACGACAGACCCAAAUACGUUUUCAUGGAGUUUUGUGUUGAGGACAGCACCGACGUGAGUGUGCUCAUUGAGGACCACCGCGUUGUGUUCAGCUGCAGGAAUGGUGAUGGAGUGGAGCUCUAUAAUGAGAUCGAGUUCUAUGCCAAGGUGAACUCCAAGGACUCCCAGGAUAAGCGCUCCGGUCGCUCCAUUACUUGCUUUGUGAGGAAGUGGAAGGAGAAGGUCCCCUGGCCUCGGCUCACCAAGGAGGAUAUAAAGCCCGUGUGGCUCUCUGUGGACUUUGAUAACUGGAGAGACUGGGAAGGAGAUGACGAGGUGGAGCUGGCUCAGGUGGAACAUUAUGCAGAGCUUUUGAACAAGGUCAGCACUAAGAGACCUCCCCCUGCCAUGGAUGAUCUGGACGAUGAUUCUGACAGUGCGGAUACGACAACUACCUAGCUUUCUGUGACAGCGGAGGAGGCUGAAGCUACUGUUGGUGUGCUGAGAAGCUGUGAUGGGGCCUUCUUCAACUUUUUCAUUAUUCGUCAAGAACCACUGAGACCUCGCAACGUUUCCAGAAACUCUUUCUUUAAGGGCCCCUCUCCAUCUAUUAGGUCUUCCUCCUGGGCACCUCAGUGUAGUCCUACGUCAGUUGCAGGGAGAGGGGCCAGGGUUCAUUGCUAACUGGUAGGGCUUCCGACUUCCCACCGAUUUGACUUAAAAAAAUCUAUGCUUUGGAUGCUUAGUUUUUUUGGACACGUGUUUAUACGUGGUAAAGCAAAGGCCAAAGAAGAGAUUACAAUAAAUUCUAGGAGUGAUCA